UAUCUAUUCGAUGUAAGUUCAUACAUCUUCGUUGGCAUUACAAUGGGCCCACAUGAUGACGUUAAUUAAACUUCAAAUUUUUGGACUAUAAAAAUUUCAGCGACGUGUUCCAAGAUCAACCAGAGAGCAAAACAAAAUCAACCUACUCGUCGGGAAUCGGAGCUCCGACGGAAGUUUUGAAAUGUCCGACAUAUCAGCCAGCUUCAUCGACAUAUUCCCAGAAGAAUCCGAUCAUCCAACGGAAAGUUCAUAUGAUUCUAGCGAAGAAGGAGAUCAGAACGGAGGAACUUCUUCAAUCGGUAAAGAAAACAGAGCCUUCUGGAAAUCGCAAAAAGAAGUUCUUCAGGCGACUUUGAAACGAACGAAUUCGAUUGAGUUGAAAAUCCGGCAUGCAACGAAGGAUGUCCUAAGAGAACUGGAUUUCAAGUCCAUUCAUUGCGGUUGCCGGAGACCGGCGGAGUUUGCGGUGUGUCGAGAGUGCGUACAGAGAGAAGUAUGCAAUCAUUUGAGAAACGCCGGUUAUAAUUGCGCCGUUUGUAAAUCUAAAUGGAAAAGCUCACUGGAAAUUCCAUCUGGAGAACACAGUUAUUUGGAAGUGGUGGACGAUUGUAAUCCGAAUGAUAGAGUUAUAAUCGAGCUGAAUUUCAGAGCGGAAUUCGAAAUAGCUAGAGCGAGUGAAGAGUAUAAGCGAUUGGUGAGACGGUUGCCGGAAGUAUUCAUCGGAAAAGACGAUAAGCUUCGAGAACUGAUAAGAAUUUUGUGUAAUGCGGCGGAGAAGUGUAUGAAGGAGAAGAAAAUGCACUUGGGGCCAUGGAGGAAGUGCAGAUACAUGCAGGCCAAGUGGUUGGGGAAGUGCGAGAGGACGACGCUGGCGCCGGUGCCGCUGCCGGUGGGAUUAUCCGGGCGGCCGACGAAGGCGAGGGCUUCAAUGCUUACUUAUGAUCUGCUGCAGAGCUUGCCGGCGGCCAUGGUUUGCUCUGCUUCUGCGGUUGAAGUGGUUUGAGUGUGAGAGAUGAGAGUGAAAGGAAUUGCAAUUUUGAUCAUUGCUUUUGUGUUUUUGCUCUUUUGUCUAUUCCGUUUCGUUGCCAUUGUGCAAUAAGGCCAUUAGUAAUUGUAUAAUUAAAAUCUUAAAUUUUCAAGAGACUUUUCUUUUUAAAACAAUUAUAAAAAAUAUUCCCUUCACUUUGAA